CGUACUGCAGAUAAACAUUUGGCUGUUUGGGACUGAGGCAGGUAUUGGUUUUCAGGUGCAGGAACCAAUCCGCCCACGAUCCGCCUCGGCGAUGACAUCUGUGCAGCAGUGGCCACACAGCCAGUUCCUGCUUCAGUGAAGUCGGGGAGUGAUCUGGGACUUGCCCACUGCGAUCAAGAUGCUUCGGAUCAUAGUGGAGUCGGCCAGUAAUCUCCCCGAUUCAACAUUUGGAACACCAGACCCAAUAGCGACGAUCAUUUUUAAAGGUGAAAAGAAGAAAACUCAGUCAGUUAAUAAUAAUCUGAACCCAGUGUGGGAUGAGAAAAUUGAGUUUGAUUUGAAGGGAGUCCCAUUAGAUAGCUCCUCAUCGAUCCAAGCUGUGGUCAAGGACUAUGAGACGAUUGGACAGAACAAAUUUCUUGGCUCUGCAAACAUUUCCUUGCGGGAGCUUGCAAGUGGCCAAGCUCGAACAACGCCAUUCAAGAAUGUGCCGUUGCUCAGUGAAAAGAAACAGCCAACUGGGAUGACUAUAAGCUUGACAGCCUCGUAUGAGCCACCGGCUGGAUCAGGACCUCCUGAGGCUACAGGUUCCAAUGCUCCCGGUGAAGCAGAGGGAGAUGGGGAUGAGGAUGUGGAUGAAGAUGAAGAUGCAGAUGAUGGGGCAGUGGCUGGUAACAUUCCAGGCGUGCCAGCUCAGCCAGGUGUACCACCCACCAGACGAUUUAAGAAGAGAAAGAAGAGCAAGAUUCUUUCAAACAAACCUCAAGACUUCCAGAUCCGGGUCAGAGUGAUUGCAGCUCGACAAUUGCCUGGUAAUAAUAUAAAGCCCGUUGUGAAAGUGUCUGUGUGCAACCAGACUCACCGAACAAGGAUCCGAAGAGGAAACAAUCCUCACUUUGACGAGAUUUUCUUCUACAAUGUAACUCAGUCACCAGCAGAGCUCUUUGACGAUACAAUCCAAAUCAGGGUGUACAAUUCUUAUUCACUACGUUCAGAUUCCCAAAUAGGAGAAUUCAAGCUGGACAUUGGCUAUGUGUAUGAUGAGCCUGGACAUGCUGUUAUGAGAAAGUGGCUGCUGCUUCAUGAUCCAGAAGAAAUAAGUAGUGGAUCCAAGGGCUACCUGAAAGUCAGUUUAUUUGUUCUGGCAACCGGAGAUGAGGCCCCGGCUGAGAAAAAGGAACUUGAUGAAGAGAAUGACGAUGUGGAAAGCAACCUGCUGCUACCAGCUGGCCUCACACUUCGAUGGUUGACAUUCAUUUUGAAAAUCUACAGAGCAGAAGAUAUUCCGCAGAUGGAUGAUGCCUUUGCGCAAACUAUUAAAUCCAUAUUUGGAGCGGAGUCUGACAAGAAGAAUCUAGUGGAUCCAUAUGUAGAGGUUGGCUUUGCUGGAAAAAAGAUCUGCACAAAGAUAAUAGAAAAAAAUGCAAACCCUGAGUGGAACCAAGCUGUCAAUCUUCAAAUCAAGUUUCCUUCUAUGUGUGAAAGAAUUCGCCUGACUAUAUUUGAUUGGGAUCGGAUGACCAGAAACGAUGCUAUUGGGACAGCAUUUAUGUUCCUCUCUAAGAUCGCCUCAUCUGGUGGUGAGGUUGAAGACACUGAGGGAAGUGGGUCUUCUGCAAAUGAAGCAAAAACAGGAGAUGAAGAAGUAGGAUUUCUUCCAGCUUUUGGACCUUGUUAUGUAAAUGUUUAUGGAAGUCCCAGGGAAUUCACAGGUUUUGCUGAUCCUUACGAAGACUUGAACUAUGGAAAGGGUGAGGGAAUGUCAUAUCGUGGAAGAUUAUUGAUUGAAUUAAUCACCAAACUUGAUGAAGCUCCAGAGAAUAAGUUAGAAGAAAUACCUAGUGACGAUGUUUUGGUUGCUCAGAAAUAUCAACGGCGCCGCAAGUACAAUCUCUGUGCUGUCUUUUACUCUGCCACAAUGCAACAAGAAGUCGGUGAUGCCAUCCAGUUUGAAGUCAGCAUUGGCAAUUACGGCAACAAAUUUGAUAAGACUUGCCGGCCUUUAGCUUCUACAACUCAGUACAGUCGAGCAGUGUUUGAUGGCAACUACUAUUAUUUUCUACCAUGGGCUGAUUCAAAGCCUGUAAUCACGCUGACCUCUUUCUGGGAAGACAUUAGUCACAGGCUGGAUUUUGUGAAUAUUCUCCGAAACAUAAUUGACAGAUUGGAAAAUAGCUUAACUAUGCUGAAGACAGCCAUUCAAGCCAAAUGUAAUGAUCUACUGGUGGCUGAGAUUUGGUUGAAACUUGUUGAGCAAGUCAUAGAGGACUGCAGCUGUUUUCUACCGGACCUGCAAGGAAAGCCCAAUGUGACAUUGCUUGACUUUCAAAUCCUGAACCUUCGUAAGAAGGCUAUGGAAAGCAUUAUUCAAUCAGCAAACUUUUUGAAGAUGAACGCAGAAAAUCCCAAAGAAACACUUGUUGAUAUUGAGGACUGGCUGGAGAGACUUAGAUCAGUGGCUGAGGAGCCACAAAACAGCAUGCCAGAUGUCAUCAUCUGGAUGAUCUGUGACGAGAAGCGAGUGGCAUACGCUCGAAUUCCGGCCCAUGAGGUUCUCUACUCCUCUGCCAGUGACAAGGCAUGUGGCAAAUAUUGUGGCAAGACACAGACCAUCUUCUUGAAGUAUGUCAAGGACAAGAGCAAAGGUGCCAAAAUUCCGACACAGUUGCAUGUCCGUAUUUGGCUUGGACUCGCAGCACUCGAAAGCAAAUUUAACAGCUUUGCCGAAGGGCGCUUCAGUGUCUUUGCUGAACUGUAUGAAAACCAAGCUCAAGUUGGAAAGUGGGGCACCACAGGGUUGGUUGGUCGUCACAAGUUUUCUGAUGUAACUGGCAAGAUCAAACUCAAGAAGGAGAGCUUCCUGCCUCCAAAAGGCUGGGAAUGGGAAGGAGACUGGAUAGUGGAUCCACAGACAAGUAUGCUUACAGAAGCUGAUGCUGGUCACACUGAAUUUAUUGACGAAGUUUAUGAGAAUGAAUCGCGUUAUCCUGGAACUGAGUGGAAGUUGCCUGAGGAGCCUUAUGCAGAUGUGAAUGGGGAAAAAUCUGUGGCAAAAGAGGAGAUUGAGUGUCCUCCAGGCUGGAAAUGGAUAUCAAGAUGGGAAUAUGAUGUCAAUCGAGCUGUUGAUGAGCAAGGUUGGGAGUAUGGGAUAAAAAUACCCCCCGAUGACUGUCCGAAAUCCUGGGUUUCAACAGAGAAAAUGUACCACACCCAGAAACGUAGGCGUUGGGUGAGAAGACGUAAGCGAGAGUCACAGCAAACUGCACUGGCCAAGAGUAAAUCUGAGUCAGAUAGUGAAGGAUGGGAAUAUGCAUCCCUGAUUGGCUGGAACUUCCAUUUGAAGCAACGAAGGUCAGACACUUUCAGGCGUAGGAGAUGGAGACGACAAAUGGCACCAUCUGGACAUCUUGGGGCUGCAGCAAUUUUCAAACUGGAAGGUGCUCUUAUUUCAGAUGGUGGGGAUGGUGAUAAAUCACCAAGUACGGAAAGUAUGUUUGGAGCAAAUACCCCCAUGAUUUCCUGCAUAUUUGACCGACCCUCAAUCUAUCACCUACGCUGCUACAUUUAUCAAGCAAGAGGCGUAGUAGCUAUGGACAAAGACAGCUUUUCAGAUCCAUAUGCUCAUGUUUCAUUUCUUCACCAAAGCAAGUCAACUGAGGUUCUCAAAUCCACCUUGAACCCAACUUGGGACCAGUCCCUUAUUUUCAAUGAUAUUGAUAUAUAUGGAGACCCUCAAGAUUUAGUUAGAAAUCCACCAAAUGUGAUUAUUGAAAUAUUCGACGAAGAUCAAGUUGGAAAAGAUGAGUUCUUGGGCAGAUGUGUCUGUCCUCCAAUGGUGAAGCUGAACCCAAAUGUUGAUGAAACACCCAAACUUCUCUGGUACCCAAUCAAGACUGGAGGCAAGAAUAUUGGGGAACUCCUGGUUUCUGCUGAACUAAUGUUGAAAGAUAAGCCUGAUGGGUCUAAUUUGCCAAUUCUUCCACCUGUUAGAGGUGCUAGUUUAUACAUGGUGCCACAUGGCAUCAGACCUGUUGUGCAGCUCACUGGAGUGGAGAUUCUGACAUGGGGUUUACGAAACAUGAAGAGUUACCAGCUGGCCUCAGUUUCUUCCCCAAGUCUCAUUGUGGAGUGUGGUGGUGAAUGUGUCGAAUCUGCUGUGAUCAAGAACCUUAAGAAAAAUCCAAACUUCCCUUGCUCCGUUCUCUUCAUGAAAGUGCUUCUGCCAAAAGAAGAAAUGUACGCACCUCCAAUUAUCAUAAAGGUCAUUGACCACAGACCGUUUGGACGUAAACCAGUGGUGGGGCAGUGCACAAUUUAUUCGCUGCAAAAAUAUCGGAGUGAUCCAUUUGCUCAAAAAGAAACUGUUGGAACCCAAUCAAAAGCUUCUUUACUUUCAACUGCCCACGAAUGUGUGAUUGAUAUGGAUGACCAAAAACCUCUCCUGGAAACUCAGUUUGUAGACAGUAUGACCAAAGCAGUCAUCAAAAUGGCUACUCCAUCGACUCUGCAUGCUGCAAAGCAGGAUGAAUCAAUUGACUGGUGGAGCAAGUUUUACGCCUCCAUAGGGGAACUGGACCGAUGUGGCGGUUAUCUUCAGAAAGGCUAUGAUACUCUGAAGGUGUAUGAUAAAGAACUGGAGAAUGUUCCUGAAUUUAAAGGAUUGACCGAUUUCUGCAACACUUUUCAACUGUUCAGAGGAAAGCAGGAGGAUGAUGAAGACCCAUCAGUCGUGGGUGAAUUUAAGGGUUCCUUCAAAAUCUAUCCUUUAAGUGAUGACCCGAGUGUGGAGCAGCCUCCACGGCAGUUCUGUGAGUUGCCGGACAGCGUACCUCAGGAAUGCAUUGUGCGCAUUUACAUCAUUCGAGCUAUUGAUUUGCAACCAAAAGAUAACAAUGGCAAGUGUGACCCAUAUGUGAAGAUCAGCUUGGGCAAAAAAGUAAUUGAGGACCGUGAUAACUACAUCCCUAAUACACUGACCCCUCUGUUUGGCAGGAUGUUUGAACUUACUUGCAUCUUGCCUACAGAGAAGGAUCUCAAAAUUGCACUUUAUGACUUUGACUUGAUGACUCGCGAUGAAAAAGUGGGUGAAACAGUUAUUGACUUGGAAAACAGGCUCUUAUCCCGCUUUGCAUCUUAUUGCGGAUUACCUCAAUCAUACUGCAUGUCUGGGGUAAAUACAUGGCGGGAUCAACUGAAACCUUCCCAGCUGUUACAGAAUUUAGCCAAAAUGAGGGGUGUUUCUCCACCGGUUGUGUCUGAUAACGGAAAGAAGCUUCAAUACAAUGGUCAGGAGUACACAUUAAGUGAAUUUGAAAAUAACCAGCCUCUUAAUGACCAUCUUGGACCUCAGGGUGAGCGCCUUGCUCUUCAUGUUUUGAGACUCCAAGGAUUGGUACCUGAACAUACAGAGAUGAGAACAUUAUUCAGCAGCUUCCAACCCAAUCUUCCCCAGGGAAAGCUCCAGAUGUGGGUUGAUAUAUUUCCAAAGAGUCUGGGUCCACCUGGGCCACCUUUUGACAUCACUCCAAGAAAACCCAAAAAGAAUGUGCUACGCUGCAUAAUUUGGAAUACUAGUGAUGUAAUCCUGGACGAAAAGAGCAUCACUGGAGAAGAGAUGAGUGACGUCUAUAUUAAAGGCUGGAUGGCUGGGCUUGAAGACCAGAAGCAGAAGACAGAUGUGCAUUACAGGUCAAUGGGAGGAGAAGGGAAUUUUAACUGGAGAUUUGUUUUCCCAUUUGAGUUCCUCCCAGCUGAACAGCUUUGUGUUGUGUCCAAGAAGGAACACUUUUGGAGCCUUGACAAUACUGAGUUUAGGAUACCACCAAAACUAAUCCUUCAAAUAUGGGACAAUGAUAAAUUUUCUAUGGAUGAUUACUUGGGUGCUAUUGAGCUAGAUCUGAAUUCCACCAUAUCUCCAGCAAAAACAGCUAAAGGAUGCAACUUGAGCAUGCUGCCAGAGAAGGGAGGUGACCCUAAAGCAGGAAAAACUGCCUCUCUUUUCUCCCAAAAGUCUAUGAGAGGAUGGUGGCCAUGCACUCAAGAAAAAGAUGGCAAGCGCAUUCUGGCUGGUAAAAUUGAAAUGUCACUGGAGAUUGUCUCUGAACAAGAGGUUGAGGAGAGACCUGCUGGCAAAGGAAGAGAUGAACCCAACAUGAACCCAAAAUUAGAGCUUCCAAACCGUCCAGCAACGUCAUUCCUGUGGUUCACGAGUCCUUGCAAAACAAUGAAGUACAUAAUCUGGCGUCGAUUCAAAUGGGUCUUUAUUGGUCUCAUCAUACUCAUAUUUGUAGUUCUGUUCCUUGCAAUCUUCUUCUAUUCAUUGCCGAACUAUUUGUCCAUGCGAAUUGUGAGUCCUUUCAAUGGAUAGGACAGUUCUCCAUCAGCAGCAGCUCCUACCCUGCUUUGUGUAGCUGGACCAAGAGAUCUCAUUUCUUAUGUUUUCAGGCUUCUAACUUUAAGGAUGGAAAUCAGCUGGGUUUAGGAUGGUGACGAGUUCUAUGUUUACCAAGGUUAGUCAAGGUUCACGGGGUCAUGACUGGGCUUUUUAUCAGUGAUUCCAUGUUAAUGUGUUGACCUCAAUGACCAGAGCCCUGCUGAUUUUUCUCUCAGCAUUUGUGAAACUUGGUUAGCUCCUUUAGCAGGUGGUUUUGAAAGGCCAGGUGUUUCUUUGUAUAUUGAGAAUAGUACAAUUGUGAAGCAUGGCUAUUUGAGGUGAUCGGUUUGCUAAAUGUUGCAUGAUAAAUAUGGAAAACCGUUACAUUAUAGAUAUGGGAAAACAAUCAAUUGUAAUAAAAAUUACAUAAAAAUAGUGUCUUCAAUAGAUGUUUCUCAAACCUACCUAUGGCCAUAUCAAAUUACAGUAUUGAAUCAGACAAAAGAUGGCAAUUUAUUUUUCAGCUCUAGCUGCGUAUAUCUGUUUGACUGUGCCUAAUUUACUGUAUACUGACAUAACAUUAGAUAUGUAAUCAAUGUGUCAACAACAUUUGUUUCUCUAAUAAAGACAUGAAUCACA